ACGUGAUUUAGCAUGGCUGACAGCGAUGAAGAUCGCAUCCCCUCCCCUCCAGCAAAUGGAACAGAUUCUAACGGUCCCAGGAUCGUAACCAUAACAAAAACUUCGACAGGUUUUGGAUUUAACGUCAGAGGCCAAAUCAGUGAAGGUGGUGUUCUCAAAUCUAUAAAUGGAGUUUUGUAUGCUCCCCUCCAACAUGUCAGUGCUGUGCUGGAAGGGGGCGCUGCCCAGAAAGCUGGUAUUCGCAAAGGCGAUCGUAUUCUUGAAGUGUAAGUAACGGCAGCAUUGAUCACACUUAUCAGUAAACGUUUCGUCCAAAUCACAACUUACACUACUUACAGGAAUAAAAAAGUCUUUUAAAAACAUAUUCUCUGCUAUGCAGUUCAGUCGUCAGUGUAAAUAUGCAGCUGAUCAGUGAUCAUUGUUGAUCAUGUGUGUGUGAGUUGAGUGAGAGUGUGACUAUCAUCUUUUUCUUCUUCUUAUAUUUGAGGGGCCCACGAUCAAUUUGUUAUCAUUCUGGCUCCUGGUUUAAAUUCAGAGUUUGCCUUCUCUUAGAUGGGUUGCCGUCCAAGGCUAACGAGUCCCAUCCACCUGGAGUGCUUGAGAUGUUGGCUUUGGUGGGGAUUGAACUCCACACCACCAGCUAUUUGAAGUAUUUGGUUUGAUACAGUUUAGACCGCUCGGCCACCCAGCAUUUUGGGAUCUUUUAUCAAACUAUAUAAAAUAGCAUGGGCUAUGGCCAUAUAAUACAUGGCUUUAUACAUAAUAAAUUAUCAGUAUCAAUCAUGUCCAUUUAAUCACCUUAUAGGGAGUUCACAGACCUGUAGGCAAAUGCAAACAUAUCCAAAAAUUAUGAGGCUAGGACAAUUUAAUUGGUGAGAAAAUGUGUUAAAAUUUAUUUUUUGUCAUGUGUGUCAUUUUGGGAUUCCCCUCAAUUGUUUAGGGUGAGAUUACUCUUGGCAAAGAUCCAUGCCGCUAACUGCACUUUUACUGAAUAUCCAGCACAUUACCCCAGCUGGUGGUCUGGAGUUCAAUCCCCACCAAAGCCAAUAUCUCAAGCACCCCGGGUGGAUAGGACUCAUUAGCCUUAGACGGCAACUCAUCUAGGAAUUCAAACCAGGAGCCAGAAUGAUCAAGAAAUUGAUCUGGGGGGCCUCAAAUAUAAUAAGAAGAAGAUAACUCAUUUCAAAAUUUUUAAACUGAAUGUUAUGAUUCUUCAAGCAUACACUAAAUCUAACAUGUAAUUUGGUUAGACACACAAUUGUUAAGACAUCUACAUUAUACCAGGGGUCUCAAAUGUCUAUGAGGUCCAGAUAAGAACUUUUAAAGUAACCCGAUGGCCUCAACAUCAGGUUUUUUUGUUUUUUUUUAAAUGAUAAAAAGUAAAUAAACAACAUAAUAAGAACAUAGUGCUGUACAAAUUUUAUUUAAUCAUUUAUAAAAUAAUGUGUAAUGUGGAUGUAAUUAUCAUAUUAGUUUUAUUUUUUGGUCAGUUUUUGUUCAAAUUACUUAGCUGGCAGCAUUUUGCACCAACAUAGACCUCAAUUUUAGGCUUAAAUUUAUGAGAAGAAACCAAUAUCAGUGUUGCUUGCAAAUGUUCAUCAUUUAAUUAUGACCUUAGCACAGACUUUUUAAGCUUCAUGGACGAGAAAAAUUGUUCAAAAACCAUAUAUGCUUGCUAAAAAUUGGAAGAAUUCUUGUAGCAGCUGUGAGUAACCUCGGAAACCUCUCCCGUGAAAGGAAUGUGUAGAAUUCUCGAAUCCCCACUUUUGCAUAUUUUUUGCUUAAAGAUACUAUCACACUGAAGUACCACCAACUCUAUUUGCAAUUCCCCUGCAACAUUGUCAUUGUCCACAGCAAAUGGCAUUGAAAAAAGUUGAAAUAUGCAGCCUGAAAGUAAUCAAAGUGCUCUUCAAACUGUUGAAGUAAGAUAGAAAACAAAUCAAUAUAUUCUUCUAAGCUUUUUGGUUAAACUUUUCCUAAGAAAUUCAGAGAACGAAAUUGGCCCAAUUGCCCUCACCCAGCUGCUUCAUCCAUUAAUAUAGUUAAACUUUGUGUAAGUUCACUCUGUCAAACAUCUAUCUGUGUUUUAACCUUUUUUUUUACCUUGAAGCUUCAAGUUCAAUGCAUUCAAGUGAUCCGUAAUAUCUGUUAAAAAACCUAGGUUGCGUUGAAAAAUAGAAUCAGUCAGCAAAGGAACUGAUUUAUUUUUAUUUUUCAUGAAUGAAGCGAUUUCAUCUCUAAGUGCAAAUAACCGCUUUAAAACAUAUCCACAACUCAGCCAUCUAACUUCAGUGUGAUAAAGAAGUGCGCCAUACUCAGAAUCCAUACUUGAAUGAAAUGAUGUGCACUGCCUGUGAUUCAGCCCCUCAGAACUUUAUAGACUUUAACUACAAAGGAUUUAUUGUUGCAAAAUACAAUGUAUACUUGUGAAGUUGAUUACUAUUGUUUCAAGGCUGUUAAGUUUGUUUUUAAACCAAUCAAAAUACGUUUUGAGAACACAUUGACUGGGCACUGUCUGGCCAAAAUACAAGUUUAUCCCAUGGCAAGUCAUAUAUCUCAAUGCAUUUUUCCAGGGCUUGACAUAUGUCAGGUCUAGUUGUAGUACCCAUUAGUGAUCUUAAAUCUAGGGAUUCUGCCAGAUGUAAACUGAAGUCUUCACUUGAGUCUACAUAUCUGAUAAACACAGUACAUUGUGAGGAAUCUGACACCUGUUCUCCCGUCAAGCAAAUAAAAAUGCUUGAAAGUCCUUAGCCCUUUCAAUUAGUUGUUUCUCCACAUUAACUGCUAAAUCUGUAAUGCUGUUGGCAGUUGUAUUGGGUGACAAGCUUAUCCCUUAAAACAUUUUAUCUUUACCAGGACUUAAAAUGUAUUUGCCUUUUAAAGACAUUCUUUUAAAAACAAACCCUCUGCACCCUCUGCAAAGGGCAUUGAUGACUUUUCAAUUAUUUCACUUAUAGCAAAACUUGCUCUUUCUGAGUCUUCGCUGCCCUUACUAACAUUGGUAAAUAAGUUUUCUUGUUUGCAUAAUAGUGAUUCAAUAGUGAUUAUACUCCUUCAGAACAGUUAUUGUUGUUGAAAAACGAAACAUUGAAUUUUAUCACUGAACUCGUCUACGAGUUUUUUCUUCUCAAAAAAGAAAACAUAUAAAAGGCUUUAAUUUUUAUAUAAAAAUGCAUAAAUGCAACUUUAUAAUUCAUCAACUGGAUCACUUUACUAAAAAGCGGAACCAGAAGUCUGCAUUGAGCACGACAAUUAAUAAAAAGAUUACGAAAUAAUAAGUAAGUCAGAAUAUCUUAUGUUUAAAAUGGCACUUACAUUUAAAAUAAAAUGAGUAAAACAGAGUAGGGCUAAACCUGAAAAAAUAAACACAACAAAACAGCUAACGUGUUGUAUGCUCCAAUCGAUUGUGAUCUUGACAAGUGGAAUGAAAUUAGUGAUACUGCAGCGUGCAUGUCUAGGUAUUAUGUCAGCUAUUGUUCCUCUGUACUGGGGAUAGUCUUAAUCUUUAAGGCAGUGAGGCAGUACUUAAUGAAUUGCAUUUGAGCUGAUAUUUUUCUCAGGUCCUUUUACAUGCAAAGGAAAAGGGAAAUUAAAGUGCUUUAGAAUUUCAUUAAUUCAUUUUUUACCAUCUGUUGUGAACCACCCCAAUAUAUAAUAUAUAUAUGAUUUAUUUUGGAUUUGUUAAGUUUUAGAAAUUGAUUUCAAAGCAAAUGUUUCUUUGUUGAUGUUUGAAAUUUAAAAAAAAAAAUUCUAACUGGACAUGAAAUUGCAAAGCACAAUAUUUAAAGUUUAGAAGAAAGACUCACUUUCUUUAUAUCAAUUCUAACAGAAAUGGUGUAAAUGUUGAAGGAGCUACCCACAAACAGGUUGUGGAUUACAUUCGUUCUGGUGGAGAUUCCCUCACACUCACAGGUGAGGUUUGCUCAGCUCUUACUUUUGAACAUUUGUCUAAUGUCUUUACUUAUUACAUUUAUUUAAACAAUGACUCCAAGCUAGUGCUAAACAUAUUGUAGGGUAGUUUGACCCUUCUAAAAGCAUUAUCUUUUGUCAUGAGCUUAAUCAAUAUUGAUCUGAAAAUCCUCUCUCUGGCUCUCCUCUGCUACAUUUAGUUUGUUUAGUCUUCAGAUUUUAUGUCGACUACUUGUCUAUGACAUCAGCAGAUGUAUAGCAACAUAUGUAGAACAAGUCUUCCUCAGAUAUUUUUUUUUAUAUUCAUUAUACGAUACAAAGAUACAAUGACAGAUCAAUAUUGAAUCUUAUUUAUCCUGUCUUUUUUUUCCUACACAUGUAACAUAUUUAUUCAAUAAUUUUUUUAAAUCUACUUCUUUGUCACCAGUUAUUGAUUAGUGGCAAACCAUACUAUCUCUUUCUGUUUAUCUUCCCUAUUCAGAUAUGAAAAUUAUUAUUCUUUUACGUUUUACAAGCUCAUGGCAUGAGAGCUUGCAAGAUUAUAUAAGUUUUUAAAAUAUGGAAAAUUAAACGAAUAAAUAGAUCCUUCCAGCUAAGAAAUAAUAAUUUUAUUUUGUGUCCCCUCGUAUAAAAAUGUUUGCUAGCUUUUCUCACUCCUUGAAAACCCCUAUUUUUAAUUAAAAAAUUGGACCUUUCUAAUGCAGAGUUGAUUCAAUAACAUUUCUGGUCAAUAACAACAUAUUAUAAAUAUCCCUCUUUCAAAACAAGUGUCUGUUAAAUAAUGUUUAAUAUGAUUAAAAUAGAAAAUAAGAUAUUACUGAAAAGUGAAUACAAAAAUGUUUGCAGCUGAAUUCCCUUAUUACCAAAGAAGCUUGCAUUACAUCAAUUUGAGAAAAAAUUCCAAUGAAUUCCUGUAGUAUAUUUUGGCUAUAUCCUUAAUCUUGUGCUCUGAUUUUUUUUGGCAAGGUUUGUAAAUGUUUAUACUUUGUCAAAAUUUUUGAUGUUUCAAUUAUUUAAUCAAGAUAGGAGUUUAAAGGAGUAAUGGAAACAACUGAAAGUUGUUGAUCAACAUGACUAAAUAGUCACCUGUGUUCUUAAUUUUUUUCCUCACUUAGUCAUCUCAGUGCCUGAGCAGGUGGCUGAGAAACUUGAACCAAGUGAUGAUUCCUCGGGUCCCUCAUAUAUCGAUUAUUCAGAACGACGGUCGCUGCCCAUAUCAAUACCUGACUGCAAUUAUUUGGACCAUUAUGGUGAUAAGCAUGUAGUAAGUUUUAAAUGCCUCGUUUUGUUUAUUUUGACAUGGAUGUUGUGAAAAAGAAUAAUCACCCUAAAAAGGUGAUAACUUUAUUUUUUGUGGUGAAGUCAGUUUUAAUAGCGUAAUGAAUUAUUUGGUGCCGACGAAUUAAAGCUAAAACAUUUUAGCUGCUUUUCCCCUUAUCAAUGGACAAUGGUGUGAUUUGCCAGAAGGAUGAGUCUGUGUUAAUAGGAGUCACAAUUUUAUUUUUUAUUAAUGCCUCAGUAUUUGUGUAUAGUAAGUAACAACUGCGGAAUACAUUAAAAUAUAUUUACCUAUUUUUAAUUCAAUGAUAUACAUACUAAUGGCAUGUCCUCUAAAGUUUUAAUAUAGAUUCCAACAUAUUGUAGAUUAAGCAAUGUUAAUAAAAAAGAAGCAUGAGCAUUUAAGAUUUUGAAAACUACUUCUUUACUUUUAGGUUUUUAAUGUUUACAUGGCUGGCAGGCAUUUGUGUUCCCGGCGUUACAGAGAAUUCGACACUUUACACAACAACUUAAAAAGAGAGUUCCCAGACUUUAACUUCCCCAGAUUGCCAGGGAAAAAAUUAUUCACCUUAUCAGAACAACAGCUAGACCAGAGAAGGCGAGGCUUGGAACAAUAUCUUGAGAAAGGUGUAGUGGCCGCAUUUUAAAAUUAUUCAUUAUGUUAGUAGAAGACAUUGAAAAUGUUUUAAAAAUGGUGAUGCAAAUUGUUUUAAAAAUGGUGAAUUAUGUAUUCAUUGUUAAAAACACACUUGUUCUUGAUGAGUUACCCAUAUAAAUGCUCCUCAUAAAAAUAAUUAAAAACUAGCAAUUUGAAGGGAAAAGCAAGUAAAUUCCAGAAUUAUGACACUUUGUAUUUUUGUAGAGUUAUCCAAUUUAGGAUUUUUAAAAGGGAAUAAUGUCCCCCCGUCCUUGUCUUGUUGAGCUGAAUUAGAAUCUAAUGUCUUAUUUACACUGGAGACACUUUUUUACUUGUUAUCUUUGCUGAGCAGCAUCAGCAAGUGACUGUUUUAUAGACUCCCUUCGGGGGCCACUCAAUAGUUUACUUAUUAUAUUAUUUUUUCUCUCUCAUCCUUUCAGUGUGUGCUGUAAGAGUGAUUGGAGAGAGUGAAACAAUGCAGGAAUUUUUAGCUGCUGGAGAUUUAGAUGAGGUAUGGGUAGGUUGCCUUCUUAUACUGAAAAAGUAUAUUUAGAAAGGAGUUUAAGAAAAAAAAGUCAUCAUUGAUGUAGCUGUAACAUUUAAAUAGCAUGUGAUAUUAAAGAUAUUUUAUGAAUAUGCUUAAAGUAUAACUAUGUCUUUUAUAACCUUACCAGGAGGAGGGUACCAGUGAGGUGGAAUUAAAAGUUAUGUUACCAGAUAAAAGUUUGUGCAUUGUAACUAUAUGCAGGUCAGAUAACACAGACACAGUAUACAAGGUAGUUUUUAAUUUUUGAAAUCUUAAGCCUUAAAAAUAACAUUUCAAAAUAAGUGUUAGUUGUUUGUUUUUUUUACACAAUGGGUUAUCAAAUAAAAUUAAUGCAAUAUUUCAGUCAAGAUGUACUAAAUGUGUAAAUCUUUUAAUAAAUCUUUUAAAUUUUUAAGGCUGUUGUAGCAAAACUUCACUUUGAAGAAGCUUCAGAUUACUUUUAUUUGUUUGAAACUGUGGAGUAUGGCUUUGGUAAGUGUGUUAACACAGUGCAUUUAAAAGUAAUUUUGUAAAAUAUGCCUUGUUAUAAUUCUCUAUUAUUUAAACUUUGAAAAAAAAAUGUUAUUGAUUGCAAGUGAUUGCAAGUUAUAAUCAGAUUUAAUCCAAUAAUUACCUUUGCGCUUCAUUAGAUUAGACACUAAUUGUUUUGUUCAAAUAUUUGAAAACAUUUGUUACUGAUUGUAAUGUUUGAGAUCAAGAUACAUUCAUAACAAGCACUGUCAAACGUUUUCUAUGUUCUUAACAAGCUUGGUCCAUUGUUUCCUACAUUCUUAACAAGGACUGUCAAUAUAUUUUUUUACAUUCUUAACACCACUGUCAAUAUUAUUUUUAAAUUCAUAACAAGUACUGUCAGUUUGUUUUCUACAUUGUUAACAAGCAUUUUGUUUUUUGUUUUCAGAGCGUAAGCUACUGCCACAGGAACUUCCUCACAACAUUUAUAUCCAGAACUACAGUACAGCAACAGCUACAUGUAUCUUGCUCAAAAAAUGGCUUUUCACUAUAUCCAGGGAAAUGACACUCACAACUAAUGCCUCUGCUUUGAAAUUUCUGUUUUGGCAGGUAAUUCAAAAGCCUAGCCCUUCUUCAAUGUAGGUGAAGGGUUAUAUUUAAACUGGAUUAGGCAUAAUUUGCUAUUGGAAAACCUUAAAAAAGUAUUGGUUUUCCUGAUUUUCCACAGAUUUAUAAUUUAUUUUGGUAUUUUGCUGUUUGACCUUUGUUUACAAUAAAUGUUUCUUAAUUAGUCAAAUAAUUUUUUAAUUUAUAUAAUUUUAUAUUUAGAAUUAGAAAAUACCUUCUAUAGUUUUAAUGAUAUGCAGUUAUCCUCUAUUGCCUAAUACUCAUUAUUACACAGAUUUGAUACAUUGUCAUAUGCCAUACAUAGCACUCAUGUUUAUAUGAUACAGAGGAUCUCUGCAUAACAACCUAAUACAUUCUGGAACAGCAUUCAUUGCCCUGGGAGUUUAUUAUGUUGAUCAUGAUUUCCCAUUAUAAAAAUUUUAAUUUGUUAUUGACGUAAAAAAGAAAGAAACAAAAAUGGUUGAAACAGUUUUAAAAAUGUUUUUAAAAAAAAUGCAAGAAACACUGAUAAAUAAUUGCCCUGUUGGGGAGUCAAAUGAGGGACAAGGACUAGGAUGAUGAGAGUUUUGCACAUUUUUAUUUACACUUUGUACUUUUUAUGUUAUCUUGACUUCUUUAGCCAGAGGAGUCAUCAGACCACUUGACAAUCCAAAAGAAAUAAAAACCUAACCACAACGUAAAAUAGUUCGCUCACUUAUCUAAACAACUGUGAACAAAAUUUAACACACACAACAUAAACAUACCAACAAGUAUGCAAACACACAACCACACACAAAAAACCAGACAAAAAACACAUAAGAAUGCCACUGUCUCCUGUUCCCCAUUCAGAAUUGCUCGGGGUGAUGCCAUUUGUAUGCUCGCGUGUUUAUAUUUGUCUAUUUUUUCCACACGGGAGAAUGCUGAUAUGGUUUAUAAUGCGAGUUGAAUUUUACUAUGCGAGUCAUUUUUGGGCGAACUCCCAUGUUCAUUAUGCGGGGACACACUGUGUUUUUGAAACAUAACUAAUUUAUAAACUUAAAAUGUUUCUGUACUAUUUUGCUUUAUUAUGUUCCAGGCAGUUGAUGAUGUUAAUAAAGGCUUUGUCAAGACAGGGGACAAACUGUACGAUCUUAAGGCUCUCAGAGAGACAGAGAAUGCUUUAGAGGUGAGACCUCCUGUAACAUUGCUCUAGAAAUAGAAAAAUAAAUAGUUAAGUUUAUAAUAUUACAAUUGUCCAUUUAUUUGUAAGACAAUUAUUGAUUGCUGCUGAAUACAGGACAUUUUAAAAUUCUUCCAUAAGACAGUUAUUAUCAUUCAUAGAAUGAAGUGGGAAGUUAUUAAACAUUGUUUUCCCCCAGAUUUUCACUCACAAUGACACUAAAAAUCAGCCGUACAACUUACAAACACCCUCCCCCUCUCUCUACAUUUUUUUUCAUGAAAUUUUUCAAGUAUUGGAGGAUAGGGAAUUUAAAAAUACUAUUUUUAAAAUAAUGGUCAUUAGCUUUGCUUUGACAAUGAAAAUUUUAACCUCCAAUAAAAUUUCAAAAUUCAUAUUGUUUAUGUAACAUCAGAUUGUCCGAAUAGAUCUGUAAAAUGUCUCGGGUCUGUCAUUUGAGGAAUAAAAACCAGAAAAGACAAUAUUUAAAGGGCUACUUAAAUAUGAAAUUGUUUACUUUGAAGUAUUUGAAGACAGUGCGGCAUCUUGAAGGCUACUCAGAGGUGGUAUUUCCCCACUGUGCAUGCGACUCCAGGCGGGAUGGACAUGUUGCUGCUAUUAUUGGGCUUGAGGCCUUCAAACUUCAGGCUUGUAAAGAUGAUGGAACCCCUGAGGUGAUUUCUUUAAAAAAAUCUUAGGUGCUCUGUUACAUUUAAUUUAGCUGCUACCACCAAUACUUUUACAAUCGCUAACUGUCCUUUGCCCAGUGUUAGAGCUUAAUAUUGGGGGAAAAAAUAUUGAUUUUGUUUGCUUUGCUCAAUAUUGGGAAAAGCUGCAAUAUGUUACAAUUUGAUGUUGCUGAACCCAAAUAAAUAUAAAUUUAAAAAGUGGAUUAAAAAAAUUAAAAAUUUCAUGUUUGUGAUUUAAAAAAAUUAACAUAGGAUUCUUAGUCCAGUUCUUCAAUAUUUUAAAAUCACACAAUGGCUAAUAUUAGAAAAGCCAGGUCGAAAACUAAACUUAUAAAAACAUAUAAGUGCAACAAAACUUUUGUAGGUAGUUUCUUUUUCAUUAACUUCAUGGUGUUUGAUUUACCUAGAAUUGUUUUUUGUCUGUUUUUUUUCAAGUAAAUAUUUUUAUAUUUUCAACACUUCCUUUUGGUUCAUAUUUUAAGUUUUCCAAACAUUAUUAUUUCAGUCUCAGGUGAUUGAAUUCAAUUGGAAAGAUGUCAAAUCUUAUGAGGUGGAUGAGGAGGGAAUGUCUUUCAACUUUGAAUAUAACAGACAAGGAAAGAAACCCAGACUAGUCAAGAUUUUCACUCCUUAUGUAAGAUUUAUUGAUUUUUGUAUUUGACAAGCUUGGCAUUUCUUUUGUUUUUCUCCCUUUAAAUUCUAAGUAUGUUUCACAAAUACAAAUAAAAAUGAUAAUCACUGCAAAGAUAAUGAGCUAUCAGUUAGGAUUUACCGAAGCAGCCAACAACUUUGUGAAGAAAUUUGUUAAAUGUGAAGACCUCUCAAGAAAUCUUUUAAUUUUUGUUUUCUUUUGCUAUUUGAAUUGUUUUUUGUUGCAGUGUGCAUUGUUGUAGGUUUGGCAUCCAGCUGUUGGUGAGGCUUUGAUAGAUGUUAAUCCCUGCAAUCCACCGAGGCUCUAAGUUGUCAGCUAAUGAUGUUGUUUCAUAUUUCAGUUUUACUACAUGAAUGACUGCUUUGAUAGAAUAUAUGAUGAGCUGCAAUGGGACACGUAAUCUUUUACUUUAGAUUUGGUUGGCAACCUUUUCCCCAUCAUCACAAUCUUCACCUCUGCAACAACCACUGCCGACUCAAAGAGUAUGAAACUGGAAUCUGGUGGUGAUUUUAAACUAUGUAUACCUUAGUUGUUUUAAACAACCUUAGAAAUAUGCACUUUAUGUUCUCCUUAUUUAAUUGCUUUAUCUUGAACUUAAAGUUUAAAAAAAGAAAAUCACCCACAUUGUUAUUUUAAGGCUUUGUUUGUUAUGUUACAGAUGACAAAUGUAAAAUGUUAUUGUAGAAAACUUAUGAUUGACUAUGUUCAUAUAAAAUUACUUGUCUGAAAACUGUUGUUUCUUUUU